CGCAUUAGUAUCUUAGGGAAACCUUGCUUAUUUUGUCAAAGAUGCUAGCCCGGCACUGCUUCAAAAUUAUCAUUGACAUCUAAGGGAUAACCCUUUUAGACCAAAUGGGAAAAACGCUGGAUGUGGUGGUCGUGGGGUCGGCAGCCAUCGAGUACAUUACACAUGUAGCCGAACUCCCCAGGCCCGGAGAGGUGGUUUCUGGCAUGCAUAUGGAAACUGCUUUUGGCGGAAAAGGAGCCAAUCAGAGCAUAGCAGCGGCAAGGCUGGGAGCCACCACCACAUUCCUGGGCAAAGUGGGUGCCGAUGAGUCCGGCAAGCAGUACAAGAGCUACCUGAGCGAUCAGAAUAUCGAUACUGGGCACGUGGAACUGGUCCAGAACACACCCACUGGCAUGACCGAGGUGGCCCUGGCUGAGGAGGGGGAGUUCUACAGGAUCAAUGUGCCGGGGGCCAACACAUCCAUGACCGGCAAGGACGUCUCCAAGCACAAGAAGAUCUUGAACAAGUCCAGCGUACUGCUCUGUCAGCUGGAGUUGGACAUGAAGACCACCGCCUGCGCUCUGCGCCAGUUCAAAGGUGGUGUCUCCAUCCUCCACAUGUCUCCCAUGCAGAGGGACAUUCCAACCGAGCUGAUCACCUUGCCCACCAUUUUGGUAAUGAACCAGGACGUGGCAGCCACGCUGGCCAACAUGGAGGAACUUCAGACUCCGCUUCAGGCCAAGCAGGCUUGCGAAACCCUGAUUGAUGGCGGGGCAAACAGCGUGAUCAUCCUCAUGCAGGACAACAGUGCCGUCCACAUGUCCAAAAGCGACAAGGCGAUGUGCACCCGAACCCCCGCCGGCGAUGUGCGCCACAUGGCCGACUCCACCGGGUCGGACGACGCCUUCAUGGGCAGCCUUGCGUACCACAUCGCCAGAUUCCCGAAGCUGUCCCGCGAGCACCACAUCAGUGCGGCCAACGCCUGUUCCGCCUACUCCAUGGGCAUCCGGGGCACCCAGCCCAGUUUUCCGGGCCGGAACUACGCUCAGGACAACCUUGGCAACGUCACUCCCACCUUCACUGUGAUCGACGAAAACUCCGAAUUUGGGGCCGAGGGGGAGAAAAAGGAAUCAAAUGAACAACAGAAACCGGAAGAAGCGGCACCACCCCCACCUCCUCCACCAGAGAUUCCAGCGCCGGAAGAAGCUCCGCCCGAAGCGAAGGCCAUAACGGAGGAGGAGGGAGGGGAGGGAGAGAAACGCAGCACUGUCGCAGCACAAUAAAUCCUAGUCUAAGGCUCGAUGCAUUCAUUUAAACUCAUACAUUUCACAAAUAACAAGAAAAAGCCCUGUGUAA